AGGGGAGCGUGGCUGAUGAUGGUGGGAGGCUGGCUCGCUGACUGAAGAGGAGUAGUGGUCUGAGGUGGUCUGAGGAGUCUGGGGUGCAGAAUAUGGAACAGGAGCCGAGGAGACAAAAAAGGCACGUGAGCGAUACAGAGAGAGAGUACUGGAGAAUACAAAAGACAAACUAGUUUUCUGGGCAGAGAGAGUAAACGAAACCAUCAGGUGACGAAUGGCAGGAGAACAGGAGCGUCUGAGUGGAGGAGGUGAUUGGGAUCAGCUGUGGAGCUUUUUAGAAAACUGUGAUUCACAGAUUUUGAAACACACAAGUGUAACAGAGAGAGGAUUUUGCUGCCGUGCUGGUAAAGCAGUUCACGUUGGAAACCAUGUCAUUAUUUUAAGACAAGCAGAGUCCAUCUUUCAUUUCAAGCCUACAGGAAGAGUUUGAUACUCAAAGCAGCUCAUCUAAACUUACAGCUGAGGUGACGACAGGCAGUCAUCUCAGGACCACAGAACAGGAUAAAGCAUAUUUGUGCCUUUCUCAUAUCUUCAGAAGAGGAAGUGCAGAUUAACAGGAACCUACUGCAUGUGAUCACUUACGACAUUUACUGUAGACUGUUUAGCUGCAGAGGACAACACAUCAGACUUUGCAGUAGGGAACUCUUUCAAUUGGGGUAUCAGAGCUUUCAAAGGUUUCACUCUGAAGAAUGGAAGAAUUUUACUUUAACUCACUGAACCAAAGCUUUGAUUACUGGAACAUCACCUCUGACUACUAUCCUUGCAUCGACUACACUGAGCUCGAUGACUAUAACAACAACCCUGAUUUCAUCCCGAAUGUGGUGACAUACGUAAUCGUUGCUGUCGGCCUUCCUCUGACCCUGGUGGCCAUCUAUGCUCUUUAUUCUAUGGUGAGAAGUGAUCAUGUUGCUCCCAUCUACCUCAUCAACCUUCUCAUUACCGACCUGAUUCAGCUCUGCUGCAUGAUUGCUGAUGUGGCACCAACUGUGGAUGAGAUUAUAUCUGACAUCUUCAUGUCUAUUUACUUCUCUGCUCUGUUUGCCAGUGUUUACUUCAUGGUCUGCGUCGCCCUGGAAAGGUAUUUGGUCAUCGCCCACCCACUGUGGUACAGCCGCAGACUAUCCAUCAAGACCUCUGUGGUGGUCUGUGUCCUGGUCUGGGUCCUUUCUGGUGUCUGUGGCGUCUGUUUCUAUGUCUUUGUUGAAAAUCUGGGGACAUACAUAAUGUUCGCCAUCCUCUUCCUCCUUCCCUUCCUGCUGUUAAUCUUCUGCCUGGUUGGGACCCUCAAAGCCCUGUCUGCUUCCACCUCGGUCCCCUCUGAUGAAAAACGACGAACUGUGGGAGUUUUGGUUCUGUUGCUGCUUAUUUACACGCUGCUGUUCCUGCCCAGCAUCAUAUUCUACCUGGAUGUAAUUCAUGACAAUUUCAUUCUGUGUCUUAUGAUUGUCAGGUUCAGUCCUCUUGCAGACUCAGUCCUGUAUGUCUUCAUGAGGAAAGGGUUCAUAGACAAGCUUUUGGCCUCUGUGUGUUGCUGCAGAAUGGACAGCAAUGAUAUCAGCAGUCCAUCAGUAUGAAUGAUGACAACAUUUCCACAGUCAGCUUCAUGUAGGCAGAGAAAGAGGGAGAGA